AAUUUUAUGUUAUGUUUUAAUUUGUGCAGGUGGCCUAUGGAAUUAAAUGAUGUAGUGCAGUGAAUAUGAACUGACCAACAAAUCAAAAUGUCUGAAGGCACAACACCACUCACUAUUCCCACUUCUUUAACAACUUAUCACCAACUCAGUCUAACAGUUGAAACUGCAACCAUAAGAAGUUCUGGACUCUUUAAACCAAACCCUUACUUGCAAGUCAUUGUAGAUGACAAGAUUUCAAGGAGAACUGAGGUCAUUAAGAAUACUUUGCAUCCAAAAUGGAAAGAGGAAUUCACAGUGCUUGUGACUGCACAGUCACAACUGCUAUUUCGGCUUGCUGAUCACCACAGCUUUAGAAAAGAUAAUAUUAUUGGGGAGAAAAGGAUAAGUCUUCUUAAGGUUCUCCUUUCCUUCAAUGGAAAAUUAGAAAAUGUAGAGCUGUCAAUGGACUUGAUGAAAACUGUAUCGUCACAGGAGAACACAGCAAAUAGUAAUUCUGAAGUAAAAGCGGCAGAUUUAGUAAUACAUUUGGAUGGUUUAAAAAUUGAUAGUUCUGUCCUAAGCCAGUGUCAAGAGGUGCUAGGUGAAACAAACAGUGGCAAUGCACGUAGUCCGCUUAAUGACGGAGUGCGAGGCAGGAUCAGAGCACGCAACAACCCCAACUCAGAGUCUGCAAGAACUGGCCCACGAAACCAAACCUUAAGGCCGCCACCCGGGCCGCCUCCUAUGAGCAACGGUGCAUUGCACCCGGCGGCGGCGACAGACGGCGCGGGGCCGUCGCACGCCGAGCCGCCCGCCGCCGACACUCCGCCUACACCCGCGCCCGCCGCCGCGCCCGAGGAGCCGCUGCCUGGCGGCUGGGAGAUGCGAUACGACGUCUACGGUCGAAGAUACUACGUGGACCACAACACGCGGUCGACGUCUUGGGAGCGGCCGCAGCCGCUGCCGCCGGGCUGGGAGGUGCGGCGCGACGCUCGCGGCCGCGUGUACUACGUCGACCACAACACGCGCACCACCACCUGGCAGCGCCCCGACACCGAGCGGCUCGCGCGCUUCCAGCACUGGCGCGGCGAGCGCCGGCACGUGGUGGCGCAGGGCAACCAGCGGUUCCUGUACCCGCACCCGCAGCCGCCGCAUCCGCCGCACCAGCAACAGGACGAAACACACGAGCCGCAAGCCGGUCGAGCCAGCCUCCCGGGCCCCCCGCCGGAGAGCCUCGCGGCGGCGGCGCGCCCGGCGGCCGGGCCGGCGGCCGGGCCGGCGGCCGGGCCGGCGGCCGGGCCGGCAGCCGGGCCAGCGGCCGGCCCGGCCCAGCCCGCGCCGCCCGACGACGCGCUCGGCGCGCUGCCGGCCGGCUGGGAGCGCCGAGUGCAGCCCGACGGCCGCGUCUACUACGUCAACCACAAGAACCGCACCACGCAGUGGGAGGACCCCAGGACGCAGGGUCAGGAGGUGAGCGCGCUGGAGGAGGCGCUGCCGGGCGGCUGGGAGAUCCGCUUCACGGAGGAGGGCACGCGGUACUUCGUGGACCACAACACGCGCACCACCACGUUCCAGGACCCGCGGCCGGGCGCGCCCAAGGGCCCGCAGGGCGCCUACGGCGUGCCGCGCGCCUACGAGCGCUCCUUCCGCUGGAAGCUCAGCCAGUUCCGCUACCUCUGCCAGAGCAACGCGCUGCCCAGCCACAUCAAGAUCACGCUCUCGAGGCAGACGCUCUUCGAGGACUCCUAUCACCAGAUAAUGAGGCUCCCCGCGUACGAGCUCCGCCGACGCCUGUACAUAAUAUUCCGCGGCGAGGAGGGGCUCGACUACGGCGGCGUCAGUCGGGAGUGGUUCUUCCUGCUCUCGCACGAGGUGCUCAACCCCAUGUACUGCCUGUUCGAGUACGCCAACAAGAACAACUACAGCCUGCAGAUAAACCCCGCCAGCUACGUCAACCCCGACCACCUCCUCUACUUCAAAUUCAUAGGCAGAUUUAUUGCCAUGGCCCUGUACCACGGCAGAUUUAUUUAUUCCGGUUUCACGAUGCCUUUCUACAAGAGAAUGUUAAAUAAGAAACUGACGAUGAAAGACAUAGAAUCGAUCGAUCCGGAGUUCUACAAUUCGCUGGUCUGGAUUAGGGAUAACAAUAUUGACGAAUGUGGCCUUGAAAUGUGGUUCAGCGUGGAUUUCGAAGUGUUGGGCCAGGUGAUACACCACGAACUCAAGCCCAGCGGAGACAAGGAACGCGUAUCUGAAUCAAAUAAAGAGCAGUACCUGCAACUGGUCACGCAGUGGCGCAUGACACGAGGCAUUGAAGAACAGACGACUGCAUUCCUUGACGGAUUUAACGAGGUGGUGCCGCUGGAGUGGCUGAAGUACUUCGACGAGCGCGAGCUGGAGCUGAUGCUGUGCGGCAUGCAGGAGGUGGACGUGGACGACUGGCAGCGCAACACCAUCUACCGCCAUUACACGCGCACCAGCAAGCAGGUCGCCUGGUUCUGGCAGUUUGUUCGUCAAAUGGAUAACGAGAAGCGGGCGAGAUUGCUCCAGUUCGUGACGGGCACGUGCCGCGUGCCGGUGGGGGGGUUCGCCGAGCUGAUGGGCUCCAACGGACCGCAACGGUUUUGUAUAGAGAAGGUUGGGAAAGAUACUUGGUUACCUAGAUCCCACACGUGCUUCAACAGACUGGAUUUGCCGCCUUACAAGAGUUACGAACAAUUAUGCGAAAAGCUGAACUAUGCCAUCGAAGAAACCGAGGGCUUCGGGCAAGAAUAAAAC